GCCCGGGAGGGGCGUGGAGCUGGCGGCGGCCGUGCGCCUGCGCCGUCGCGCGGCUAGGGCGUGUUCCUGGUCUCCGAUCUUGGUGUUGCACCGAUCCAGUGCUGCACUUUGCCACCCCGGUGCAUCCAGCAGGCUCUCCACGUCCACCGGUCAGGUGCUGCCCUCCGCGAACAUGUCCAAGUCUCUGAAAAAGUUGGUGGAGGAGAGCAGGGAGAAGAACCAGCCGGAAGUGGAUAUGAGUGACAGGGGCAUCUCCAGCAUGCUGGAUGUCAACGGCUUGUUCUCCUUAGCUCAUAUCACACAGCUGGUGCUCAGUCACAACAAGCUAACAACUGUGCCCCCAAACGUAGCCGAACUGAAGAACUUGGAAGUGCUUAACUUCUUCAAUAACCAGAUUGAAGAGUUGCCCACCCAGAUCAGCAGCCUGCAGAAACUCAAACACCUAAACCUUGGCAUGAACAGGCUGAACACACUGCCUCGAGGAUUCGGCUCUCUCCCAGCUCUGGAGGUCCUGGAUCUGACUUACAACAACCUGAAUGAGCAUUCUCUUCCUGGAAACUUCUUCUACCUUACCACCCUGCGUGCACUCUAUCUAAGUGACAACGAUUUUGAAAUCCUGCCGCCAGAUAUUGGGAAGCUCACGAAGUUGCAGAUACUUAGCCUCCGGGAUAAUGACCUGAUCUCACUGCCUAAGGAAGUUGGCGAGCUGACCCAGCUUAAGGAGCUCCACAUUCAGGGGAAUCGUCUGACCGUGCUGCCCCCAGAGCUAGGAAACUUGGAUUUGACUGGGCAGAAGCAGGUCUUCAAAGCAGAGAACAAUCCCUGGGUCACUCCAAUUGCUGAUCAGUUCCAGCUUGGCGUUUCCCACGUUUUUGAAUAUAUCCGUUCUGAAACGUACAAGUACCUCUAUGGCAGACACAUGCAGGCGAAUCCAGAACCACCCAAGAAGAAUAAUGACAAAUCAAAAAAGAUAAGCCGGAAACCCCUGGCAGCCAAGAACAAAUGAGGAGCAGACCCGCAGGCUUCCAGCCUCCUGCCUUGACUCUCUUGUCUUCUCUUGCUCUGUCUCACAAAUAAACACAAUGUGCAUGUGGCUUUUUUUGUAAAAAAAAAAAAAAAAAAAUUCUUUUGGUAGGUGGUACAUUUUUAUAAGGUCUUAAAUCCAUUACCAUUUCCUUUAAAUUGCCAAAGGCAGGAAACAAAGCUCUAAUUCUACUGCAAAUUCCAUGGUAGGCGCAGGUUUCAGUGCCUUGAAUAGACAUCACAAGGCUGCUUAUGAUCAAAAGAAUAAUUAAAAUCAUGUAACCACUUAAAUGUCACAGUUAACACUUUUCAUUCUUUCUGUUUAUUCACAUAACUCAUUAUUUUGCCUUAUUAAAAAUCUUCCUUCACCGCCAAGCUAUUGUGUUCAUUUAACUUCCAAAUGACUUUAAUAAAAUCUUGAAUUUGUAUCACAUAUUUCUUCUUGACUAAAAUAAAGAAUAAUCUGAUGUUAGGGUAUCUACAUUUUUGUUUACCCCCCCUAAAAAAUGACCUCAUCUAAUUGUAUUGGUUGUAGAUGAUAAUCUCUGACCCUUUCCAUGAAAGAAAUGUAAAAUGAAAUCAGUUUCUUCUCACAUCAAUUUGUUAGUUUUUCCUUUGAAGUCUGUUUCUAAAUUAGGAAGGAGGAGAAAAACAUCUCUAGGAGAUUCUGCCAAAGGAUUUUGGAAAGCAGCAUUCCUUCACCGAAGAAACAGUGACUUUGCCGGUGGCUGGUAGACGAGCCGAGAAACGAGAGAGAAAAACUCAAGUAUGUUUUUUGUCGCUGGAGAGAAUCUGUUCACAUCAAAGCAUUCUUCGAAGAGACUCUGAUGCCAGAGAAGUUGGACAAAUGUGCACAAUCACACCAGACCAGUGUGGAAACCGCCUUUGCAGAGUCACUAAACAACCAGUUGUUUAACAUCUGUGAUAGGCGGUUUUCCUUCUCACGUACAGCAGCACGUGUGGAGAUGAAAAUAAACCCAAACACAGGUUUUGUGCGAACUAAGAGGGCUGCCAGCACCCAAAGGCCUUACAGCCAAAGACAGGUAAGAUGAAAUGGACUCUCAGUGGGUUGUGGGAGACAGACCUUCCCCUUUGCCCUGGCAUCUCCCAUCUGUUUCCCAGUUGAACUCCCGGGGCCAAGACCAUUGCAGUAUGUAGAAGCUAAAGUAAGAACAAAAGGUCCAGAACUUACGGGAGCACGAACUUUCCCAGUCAGCGGACUUUGUAUUUCGACCUUUUGCUUCUGUGUAAUAUCCUGAUAUCACAUUACCCAUGGGAGAGGAAGCCCUGGGUGCCCUCGCCUGUUUUGAGAAUUGAGUUGAUAUAUUUUUUACAAAAGCAGAAUUUGUUUUGGCCUGAAUUUUUUAUUAUUGUUAUUUUAAAGCUUGUGAACUUGUAGAAGGAAGAACAGUGCCACCACCAUUGGCUGAAAGACUUCACCUAGAAUUAAAUUAACAACAAAGCAUUAGUAAAAUUGGCACUGUGAAAGAUGCGUGAGAAAUUCUUUUUCUAAAAGAUGAGCUCUCUGGAUCAGAAUAUGAGCAAAACACCUAAAUUUGUUAGGAGGAAAUAUCUCCAAGAAACAUGGAGAUAGAAAUAAAAAGGCAAAAGUUCACUCGUAAUAAAAAAAAUACAAAUCAAAAAUAAGCAAGAGUGUAACAAUGAGAAAUGUGCAAAUAUUUUAAGGUCGUAUUAAAUGUUGGGCGAGUAAUGUGAGGUAAAUAUUCUUCUGUCCUGCUAUGGGGAAUAUAAAUUUCCAGCAAGGUUGCAGCAGUUUAACAAUGUAGGAAAACCCUAAAAUUAUGUACUUGUAGAAUUUUUGCUUCCAAGAGUUUAUCCUGAGGACACUGCCAGAGAUGCAAAGAGCUGUAUUUUUGGCAUGGUAGCCAUAGUGUGAAUGUGAGGGAAAGCCAGGUGACCCAAUGGAGGGUUCAUGGCGUAUCCAUAUGAAGACAUUGACAGUUGUUGAACAGUCUCUAAGGACAGUGGGAGAUACCUAAUUCUAUCACCUUGUUAAGUAGCAUAAUUUUUAAAACUAUGCAAAGAUGAUCCUAGUUUUAUAAAAAUGAAAAUUGUAUUUGUAGUAUGUGAAUGUAAUGAUGCUAGAUAGACCAGGCUGCUAAAUAAUCUCUACAUUGUACACCAAGAUGUUUUAUCUAACUCUUUUUCUAAAAGGCCUCUGCUUUUACCUUACUGCAAUGAGCAUGUACCCUUGUAAUGAGAAACACUAAACACAUAUUUUUCCAAAAUGAAAUUGGCAUAUUAUUGUAUGUUACGUAGUCCAGAAAAUUAAACUUUAUUUUUAAAUUCAAAGCAUAAUAUAAAAUGUCAGAUUAGCAUGUUUUGUUACUAAAAUGAAUUUUCACAUUUUAAAA